CCUCUCUAUCUUUCUCGAUUCCGCCUUCUUUAUCUCUUUCCUCGGCGUUUCUUCAUCGUCGGUGUAUCUAAUUCGGUUUCCGAGGAGCCAAACCUUUUAAAUUUCCCCCGAAUUUCAAUGGCAAUUGUGACGGGAGAUCGGUAUGUUGAGAAGCUACAAAAGUUUUUAGAAGAUGAAGCCGAGUCGCUUCUCGAAGAAACCAUAAUUCUCAAGCUUAACCCAGCUGGUCUUCACUAUAUUCAUCUCCGCCUUGAGUCUCUCCGUGAACUCGAGCGCAUGCUCUCUGGUGCUCCUGUUGACUACCUUCGCGCUUACGUCUCCGAUCUCGGAGACUACCGCGCGCUCGAGCAGCUCCGCCGUAUCCUCCGAAUCCUCACUUCACUUAAGGUCGUUUCCACGCUUCCUUCGCCGGCUCGCGAUCCGACGCCGUUAUCUCUUAUUCCCUUUGGUAGGCUUAAGGUUUUGGAGCUCCGUGGCUGUGAUUUGUCAACUUCUCCGGCUAAGGGGUUGCUCGAGCUCCGCCACACCUUGGAAAAGAUCAUCUGCCAUAAUUCCACUGUAUCAUGUCAUCUUGUAAAACUUGUUUUGAGGAACAACGCUCUAACUACGUUGCGUGGGAUUGAGAACUUGAAGUCACUCGAAGGCCUUGACGUUUCCUACAACAUCAUUUCAAAAUUUUCAGAACUGGAGUUGCUUUGGAGUCUUUCGUUACUGAAAGAACUGUGGCUGGAAGGAAAUCCAGUGUGCUGUGCUCGAUGGUACAGAGCACAUGUCUUCAGCUACAUUGCUCUUCCAGAUGAUCUGAAGCUAGAUGGCAAAAAGAUAGGAACUAGAGAAUUUUGGAAGAGGCAAAUCAUUGUAGCCCAUAGGCAUAGUGAGCCUGCAAGCUACGGAUUCUAUUAUCCAGCUAGAGAGGAAGGUAACGAAGAAGGAAACUGCAAUAGAAAAGCGAAAAAGAUCUGCCGGCUCGCUUCUAUUGAUGUCACCUUCGUGAACUCUGACCAAGAGUCAGUUUCAAGUGAUCACGAGGACAAAGAGAAUGUAAAGUGUGAUCAAGAGGCUGAAAUAUUUGGCCUUAUAAGGAAAGUUGAAAGCAUGAAGAAAGAACGCUCUGUUCUGUGGUUGCGAGAGUUCAAGGAGUGGAUGGAUCAUUCAUCUGAGGAUUUUGCAGAUGUCAGCAAAGACAGCAAUAUGGAAAAGAAGUACAAUUCAAAGACUAGUGAAACCCAAAGGAAGCAUGGUGGAGCACCAAGAUAUGGGUCCAAGUCUUUACGAGCUUCAAGAGAUAAGAGCUAUAGGAAAAGUUUAGAAUGCACUGGUUCAUAUGUGGAUCAUAAAAACGGUAUGGAUGAUAUGAAGUACGUUGAAGGUACCGAGACACAAAAGAUAAAUGAUGACAUCUCUUCAUUAGAACCUCAAAAUAGAGAUCAAAAUCAGAAGUAUCAGGAAUAUUUAGAUGAUGAGAUGGAAUCUGUGUCAGUCGAACCAAACAACCUAUUUUCUGCAGCACCCGCCAUGGAGAAGUUAGCUGAAAAUGGAAAUAUGUCAACAUGGGAUAUAAGCCAAGAUGUGAUGGGAUCAUUUUCAUCAUCAACAUAUCCUGGGUCUCCUCCUCAUUAUCGGAAAGAUGUCUUAUAUCGACGUCAUAACUUGGUGGAAGAAAUCUUGCAGCUCUCUGCAGAUUCUUAUUCAGUGGCAUCAUCUGAUAGCACAAGCAGUUGCAGUGAAGAUGAUAACUAUGACUCUGAGUCUGAGUAUUCGAAUCCUGAAGAUGGUCGGUUGACAGAUCUUCUUAAUGUGAAUAGACUAAGGGAGGACGUUCCGGGAUGUGAUUCUCAACCGGAGAAUGGUAGCAUAAUAAAAACUUUCAGGACUGGUGAAUCAAUGAAGGAGAAUACCACUAACUUUCUUUCUGAAUUGCGUAAUGGUGACAUUGAUUCUGGUUUGGUUGAGAUAAAGAAAAGCAAAAGGAAGCCUAUAAAAAGAUAUGUUUCCUUUCAGAAAGAGGAAAGUUGCCAUACUAAUGGGGAGACAUCUCUAAGGAGCGAUGCAGAUAGUUACUUUUUUGGCGAAGAGGGGUGUAUUUCUGAUCAUUUGCAGGAAAGUUCCCUGACAACGGUUUGUAGGAAUAGCAUUAUUAGAUCUUUGGGGACUGAAAGAACACAUGAAGGAAAGGGAGAUUUAGUAGAGGAAUACUUUUCAGCAAAACUGUCAGGUUCCAGUUGUCAAGAAACUUGUAGGACUUAUAUGAGCUGUGAUUUUAUACUACAGAAUGGUUCCGCGUACAAGCAACGGGAAGUAGUGCUGUUGCUGAGUAGCCUAGACAAGCUGUACGUACUACUCUUGGGUAUGUCUACUGAUCAUCAAGGGAAUCCUUUAAGUGUACUGUGUUCCCAUGGAAUCAGCGAUUUACAAGACGUUUCAGUCGGUCUAGGACUUCAGCUUGUGAGGCUACGCUUUUCGGAGGAUGGAGAAUACAUUUUUGUAACUAAGUGCAUUGAGAGGACAACAGAAUUACUCAAUAUCAUACAAGCUUUGGAUUCUCAGGCUACAAAAGUUAAAUGUUCUCUGCAAAGUCUGGAGAAUACUCAGGUGGACUUGUUUGAGAAAGAAAUAUGUGGAGGUUUGAAGCUGAGUAUAUUCCAGUAUAAUAUUAUCCAAUUUCAGAGCAGCACCCUUGGAGAAGUGCUGUGGCGGUCGCUAUUUGUGGCUGGUGGGCGUCUCUUUAUAUGCAAUGAAGACUUCACACAACUUAGUUCUCCAACAGCGUAUUCCUCUUCUGCUCCGUAUUUCUGUCUUGACUCGUGCUGCUCCAUUUCUGAUAUAUCUGAGACGAUCGUUGAAUCGCAAGGCUGUGUUGUGUCAUUGAAGAUCAAAGAGAAGAAAAGAGUGGAUUCCUUGACAUGGAAGCUGAAUUGGUGCAGCCCUGAGAAUGCACUCAAGUUUGUGACGUUGCUUAAAGCUCUUCAUCCUGAUUCGCCACAAUGGCCAUUGGCUGUAAGAUACAGGAGA